GGUGGACCUACUGAAGGCUUCAAUCUUUGCACGGUCCCAUUGUUGUCUAGGCGACUCGGAUCGGCCAUGGUUACGGCGGCAAUCCAUUUCAAUGUUGAUGAAUUCGAGUUGAGGUAGACGAAUUGGGAGGAUUAAUGGCUGGGGAGACAUCGUUGUCGGAGCAUCUGCACAAACUGGUCGUAAAUUCAGAGCAAGAGCUUGAAAGCUUGCUUCAAUUGCUAUGGCAGACUCGUAAAACUGGCUUAUCCUCUUCAGAGAAGUCUUCGCUUCAGUCUCUUCUUAAGCUUCCUUCGCCUGGCGAUCUUAAUCCUGUAUUGCCAUCCCUUCGAUCUCUUAUUCGAAAUUGUGCACGCAGUUGCCUUGAAGGGGAUGAUAUUUCGAAGCUGCUUCCAUCUGAUCUUCCUCUUGAACUGCAGCGCAUGCUUCUUACAUUAUUGCAGAAGCUUGGGAAUCUGUGGAAGGAAGAGUUAUCCCAAGAACAGUUGCAGCACGUAUCCGGUUCAACUGGAACGUCAUGUCCAAAUGACGGGUUCUCUUGCUCAGUGCCACCUCCAUUAUCUUUUCCUACUUCGGAGGUUUCUGGGUCACUGAUGUCCCGACAAGUCAAUCCGGUUUAUCAACUCUACAGCCGUAAUCAUAGAUGUGCAAUGUCAGAGAGAAAUGGGUUGAGUUUGCCUCAGUUAUCUCAUCAAAAUGACACCAUCCCUCCCGAGUUUACGGGAGUUCUUCCUCAAGUGAAAUCUAUGACAUGGACUGUGGAGAAUAGGACUACCACCCCGGGUAAUCGAGUGGCUAUCAUUACACUUAAGGUAAUAAAAUGGAGUGACUUAUAUGAUCAUGGAAACAAAUAACAUAAGAAACUGCGCGAAGUAGUUUUGUAAGAUUAAACCAUUUGCUCUAGCA